AUGACAGACCCAAAGUUCAUCGCAUACGUUGACCAACAUAAGGAUGACUUCGUUCAACGACUCGCAAAGGCCGUCGGCAUUCCAUCCGUAUCUGGCAACAUCGACUACAACAAAGACGUUUACGCCAUGGCCGACUUUCUCGUAGACCAACUCAACAAGCUAGGAUGUACUGCCGAAAAACGUGGAAUCGGUAAACACACCCUCGCAGGGCAAGAAGUAGACUUGCCUCCUGUCGUGAUCGGGCAAAUCGGUAGCGACCCUAAGAAGCGAACUGUGCUCAUUUACGGUCAUUAUGACGUACAACCCGCGCUCAAAGAAGAUGGGUGGAUACAUGACCCGUUCAAGUUGACCAUCGAUCCCGAGGGGACUGGCAAGAUGUACGGUCGAGGGUCGACCGACGACAAGGGCCCAGUGAUGGGGUGGUUGAAUGUCCUGGAGGCACACAAGGCCUUGGGGUUGGAGCUUCCCGUCAACGUCAAAGUCAUCUUUGAGGGUAUGGAGGAGACGGGCAGUGUCGGCCUUCCGGAAUUUAUCGAGGCUGAGAAGGACAAUUUUUUCACCGGUAUCGACUGCAUGUGCAUCUCAGACAACUACUGGCUCGGUACUAAGAUCCCCUGUCUGACCUACGGUACCCGAGGCGUCGCCUAUUACGAAAUACACGUCUCAGGUCCCGACCGUGACCUCCACUCUGGAGUAUUUGGAGGAAUGAUCAACGAACCCAUGACGGAUCUUAUUCACUUGAUGUCCAAACUGGUCACUCCUCAAGCUGAAAUCCUGGUUCCUGGUAUCAAAGAAAUGAUUGCACCUGUGACCGAGGACGAACGAGCCAAGUUCGAAGCCAUCCAUUUCGACAUGAAGGAUGUGCAUGAUUCCAUGGGUGGAGAUGUGACUUUGUCGGAUGACAAGGUGGAAGUUUUGAUGGGUCGUAUGCGUAACCCUUGUUUGUCGCUACAUGGAAUUGAAGGAGCUUUCUAUGCGACCGGAUCAAAGACCGUUAUCCCUUGUUCGGUUAAAGGAAAAUUCUCCAUCCGUCUUGUGCCCAACCUGUGGGUGAAAGAGACCACAGAAUGCGUCGUCAAAUAUGUCGACGCAGAGUUUAAGAAACUUGGAACGAAGAACAAGUGUGAAGUGAGAUUGACGCAUGGUGGGGAGCCUUGGGCUACUGAUCCCAACCAUUACUCUUAUCGUGCCGCACAAAAAGCUACCGAGACGGUAUACGGUCAAACACCCGAUUACACUCGUGAAGGAGGCUCAAUCCCUAUCACUGCGGACUUUGCCAAUAUCCUAGGUCUCAACGUUCUUUUACUUCCUGUUGGAAGAGGUGAUGAUGGUGCUCAUUCCACUAAUGAGAAAUUGGACAUGGAUAAUUAUAUCAAUGGUACAAAACUACUCGGAUCGUAUUUGUACGAACUUGCCAAUGCUCAGUAA